GUCAUCCGCCUGUCGGGUCUUGCGGCGCCGCAUCAAGUCGAACACGUGUUGGUGUAAUUGUCGGUAUUCAGUCAGUCAGUCAGUCAGAGGUUAUAAAUGUGUCUCGUGCUCUUUUUCGGAAGAACCUCUUCCGUGCUUCAGUGAGCGGAAGUAGCGCUAAAGCUCGAGAUGAAUGUGAGGGAAGUUAGUUUGGUCUUUAUCUGUAUUCUCGCUCGUGUUGACGCCAAACAGCCGAAUAUCGUGUUUAUACUGGCGGAUGAUCUGGGCUGGAAUGAUGUGGGAUAUCACGGUUCUGAGAUCAGAACUCCUCACGUGGACCGGUUAUCGGCUCAGGGGGUUCGGCUCGAGGGUUAUUACGUGCAGCCGCUGUGCACUCCGUCCAGAAACCAGCUGAUGACCGGCAGAUAUCAGAUUCACACGGGUCUCCAGCAUCAGAUCAUCUGGCCGUGUCAGCCGUACUGCGUUCCUCUGGAUGAGAGACUCCUGCCACAGAUCCUGCGGGACGCUGGUUAUAACACACACAUGGUGGGCAAAUGGCACCUGGGCAUGUUCCAGAGAGACUGUCUGCCCACACGCAGAGGCUUUCAGUCGUUUUUUGGUUACCUGACGGGUUCCGAAGAUUAUUACACACAUCACAGAUGUUAUUUCAUCUCUCCGCUGAACAUCACCCGCUGUGCUCUGGACCUGCGGGAUGGUGAAGAUGUGACCACGCGUUACACGGGCCGAUACUCCACAGAACUCUUCACACAGAGAGCCGCGGACAUCAUUCACCAGCACACGCCUGACAAACCGCUCUUCCUGUAUCUGGCGCUGCAGGCGGUUCACGGGCCCAUGCAGGUACCCGAGCGCUACGUCACGCCCUACAGUUUCAUCAAGGAUAAACUGAGGCGAGAGUACGCGGGGAUGGUGUCGGUGAUGGACGAAGCCGUGGGGAACGUUAGCAAAGCUCUUCAGGACGCAGGACUGUGGAACAACACUGUGCUCGUAUUCUCAACAGAUAAUGGUGGUCAGACGCUCACAGGAGGAAAUAACUGGCCUCUGCGAGGAAGGAAGUGGUCACUCUGGGAGGGUGGAGUCAGAGGUGUGGCCUUUGCGACCGGACCACUGGUCGAGCGGCCAGGAACUGUCAGUCAAGAGCUCAUUCAUAUCUCUGAUUGGCUGCCUACCUUUGCUGGUCUGGCCGGGGCUUCGACCAAUGGCAGUAAACCUCUGGAUGGGUUUAAUGUGUGGGACACUAUCAGUCGUGGUAAAGCGUCUCCUCGAGUUGAACUCUUGCACAACAUCGACCCGCUGUAUGUAGACGUCGCUCCCUGUCAAGAGGAGUCCAGUGAUUUCCUGCAGGAGUCUCUGUGGCGCUUAGCACCUCGGCCGGUCGCUCUUGAGGACCGCUCUGGAUUUAACGUGUCGGUUCACGCUGCCAUUCGACACAAGAGCUGGAAACUUCUCACAGGUUACCCAGGAUGUCCUCUCUGGUUUGCGCGCCCUGGCGGCGGUCAGAUGAACGUCUCUGAGCAGCUGAAGCAGGUCAUGCUGUUUAAUGUGGAGAAGGAUCCUGAGGAGCGUGUGGAGAUUUCUCAUCAGCACCCAGAGAUCGUCAAUUUCCUGCUCAGACGUCUGCAGUAUUACCAGAAGGAGGCCCAGCCAAUCACCUUCCCUCCUGAUGACCCGCGCUGUGACCCUGGACCCUCCGGAGCCUGGGGACCCUGGCAGUGAGGAAGAUGAUGAUGAACACUGGCUGUGUGUGUGUGUGUGUGUGUGUCAGUCAGUUUGUGCGUGCGUGUGUGUGUCACGUGUGACCUUGUUUUUAUAUUCCGGUGAGGACCUAAACCUGAAUGCACACCAACACAUGGGGACUCGUCAUGUCAACAUGGGGACCAAAACUGAGGUCCCCACGGGAAAAUAAACAUAUUAAUCAUACAGAACAAUAUUUAAAAAAAAACUAAAAAUGUUCUAUGAUCUUUAGGAUAGGGGAUAGAAUA